AUGUUGGGAGAAACAAGAACAGGACCUAAAGGUCCUAAACUAUCUUUCGUUGGUGGUGUUUGGGUCAGCUCCUCCCUAAAACCUGCAUUCCAAGAAGUUGCGCAUGCAGUUUACAAAGCAGAAGCCGGGACUAGCGGGGAAGUGCUGAAGAAGGUGAAUGCAUGGGCUGAAGAGGAAACCAUUGGAUUAAUUAAAAAUCUCCUACCUGCUGAUGCAGUCGAUCGUAAGACAAAGUUUAUAUUGGCGAAUGCACUCUAUUUCAAAGGAUCUUGCAACCAGUAUCAAUUUAAACCAUCGCUAACUGAGAUGUCAAAGUUUGAUCUCCUGCAUGGAAAAGAACAAGUAGACGUUCCCUUCAUGUCAUCGAGGAAGGACCAAUAUAUUAGUUGUUUUGACGACUUCAAAGUACUGAAACUCCAUCACGAAAGGGACUGGAAAACCCUUUCAUAUUUUUCUAUGUACAUAGUUUUACCCAAGCAACGCGAUGGGCUGGGUGAACUUAUUGGGAAGUUGAGUUCUGAUCCUGCAGCUUUUCUGGAUCAGUAUGUCCCAGUUUAUCCUCCAUUGGUUCCAACAGGACAAUUCAAGAUACCCAAGUUCAAAAUUUGUUUUGAUUUUGAAGCAACAAGUGUUCUACAAAAAGUAGGAGGACUAGAUUUGCCUUUUGAUAAAUUUAAGGCAGAGCUGACUGAGAUGCUGAAUACUGUUAUUAGUAAGCUUCAUGUUUCAAAGGUUUAUCACAAGUGUUUUGUUGAAAUUGAUGAAAAUGGAACCGAAGCUGCUGCUUCUACAGCUGUUGUUGGACGUCAACAGGAGGAAAUGCGGUGCAAGCGUCGUCCUCCUCCCAUUGAUUGUGUAGCUGAUCAUCCGUUCAUGUUCAUAAUUUGA